ACUGUACUUGUUCACGAUUAUACGUACAGCCAACAACGCCACAAUCAUUAUUCCAGAAUAAUAGUUUUAGUAAACAUUCUUUAUUUACCAUCGAUAAGACGAUAACGAAACAGAACUCACACCGCCUACUACGGACCGUACUGCAACAACGACGGACGAUAGUACGGUAUUAUAAACAGAAAGCUGAAACACACUGGCAGGCUGUUUUGCUGGCUGUUUUCAUGUUCCACUGAUAGAACUACCGGUUUCUGCCGUCAGCUGCAGCGGGUAACAGACUGCAAAUUAUCACUGCUUCUUGAUCUCGCUUCCCAGUAUGUUGACAUCCUGUUGGAAUCAUUAAGCGGUGAAUCACGAUGACAGAAGAGGACCCGCUGCAAACCACCCGGCAGCAGCUUUGCAGUGUACUGAAAGUUGUCAAAGAAAAGUCGCCAUGCCACGGAGGAGUCUUCUGGGACAAUGUCAGCUUUUCCACGAAUUUAACAGCUACUCUCGGCGAAGCGAAGACCCCGCUAGCUCUGUGGAUGACAUGGACCGACGGCGGAUCAUCCAAUGUAGCUUACAUCCCACCGGAAGGCGUUGCAGCCUUACCAGCAUCAGCCGGCGACACCAGUAAAGCCGAUGUGUGGGCGCUCGGCUGCUUGGCCAUUCAGCUGAUCAACUUUGGUCAGCCCCUGAUACUACUGCGGGACUGGCGGUUCAAGCGCGGUGCCCAGUACUUGAAACUGAAAAAAUCACUAUUGCCGGAACUGCAGGCGUUAUAUAAAGAUGCAGGUAAGGAAAAGGGGCUCGUUGUUGGUCCGGAAAUGGAUCUGGUGGGAAUAAUUCCUUGCGCAUGUGAGGACUUUUUGGGCCGCUGCCUGGAGCUGGAUCCAGCAAAGCGCUGGAGUUUAGAACGACUCAGCGAGCAUCCCUUUCUCAAUCUUGAUAUUUCAUUAGCGGAGUUGUCUAACAUCGAUGCAACGUAUUACCCCCAGACAUUGUCCUUUAACGAGUCGAUUAUCGUAACGAAUACGCGCAAGCAUCCGUUUCUGCAGAGCGAUGAUUUGCAUUUACUCCAUCAACUAGGCGACAUGCAAUACCGCGAUGGCCCUCACCGCGAGGUGAAACCUGUAGAUAUCUGGUGCUUUAAUACACGAAGCACGGAGCCGAAAGCCAUGAAGACGGAGCAUGAUUUGUGGAUAAAAGCCUUUGGUAAGCUGAUUGAUGCCCAGUCUAUGGAUGGCAGUACACAUGAGCAAACACGGAAAUGGGCAGCGGUUUACAAAAUACGCGCACUGCAAGAAGGGAACAAAAACAUUGUCAAGCAUUUUGGAUGUGAAAUUGUAUUGCCACAAUGCGAGAAGUUGCCGAUGGAAUUGAAGGUUUAUACAGAGCAUUGUCCAGGAGGCACUUUCAAGGCCGUGGCUGCCUAUAAACUGACUCUUCAUAUCCUCGCCAAAUUCGUACACGAAUUGCUUCAAGGACUUGGGUAUCUUCAUGCGCACCGCAUCGCACAUCGCAACAUUAGCGGGGGUGUCAUCUUCUUUAGCGAAGCCGGAUUUAAAGGAGCCAUUAAAAUCGGCGGCUUCCAAUAUAUGCGGCAACUGGAAGCGGAUAUUACUGCAAAACACGAAGUAAGUGCCCGGCAAGGACAGGAUGCACGAUUUGCAGCACCGGAAAUGGUUAGUUCUGAUAAAGAGGACCUCCACGUGGGUAGGAAGUGUGAUAUUUGGAGUGUGGGGUGUGUGGUAUUGCAGCUAGCUACCGGCGCUCCACCGCUGUAUACAGGCGCAAAAAAUCUGCCCAUGAUACUGGAAAUGGCGAUUCUCUAUCAUCUUAACAGCGCCGUCAAGAAACUGCCUCUGAUUCAUGCCUGGAUACCGUCGAAUGUCCAGGAUUUUAUUAAAACCUGUCUGCAGUUCGAUUCGGAUAAACGGCCGGGCGUUACUGAGCUUCUUCACAACUUACAAACCGGAUGCCUUGGGACAAGCGAACCGGAUACCGCCGAGUAUCUCGCAAAUCGCGGUGGUGAACCACUUCCUGUUGAAACUGCGGAGUACUGGGGGAAUUACUCUUGAUUAUGGCGCCUGCAUUGCUCACUUCAUUUGCACAACGCCAAUUACGGUAUGCCAGUGCUGACAGCUUUCGUUACCAGUGUGAUUGCCUGUGGCAUUUUCUAGUUUAUUGCACAAUGUCGUCUAUCAUCAUAAUCUGUCAGUGAAAUGUUGUCGGAAAGCAGAAAUAUCUACGUAAGCAACAGAGAUGAAGAAACCUCAUACAGUAUAAAAGCAUCAGUGCGCAUUAUUG